AUGGGUUUGAAGUUUACCAAAUAUCGUAUGCGCAAGAACCCGCUCUAUUUGCUGCUGGUUCCUGUUGCUCUUUUGACAGUUUUCCUGAUUUUCAGGUCGGAUAGCGACGGUCUGUUUGGUACUGGUUCCCUGGCGAACUUCCAAUGGGCUGAUGAGCGUGAGAGAACUUUCUAUUUCCCAUACAGCUCUAAGUUCAAGAUGCCUAAAUAUUCUUAUAAAGUCAAGAGCCGAAACUGGAUGUUCCGUGACAACAAAGACGACAGAAUUCCAAAUGGACAUGUCGCCAAGUAUGACCUUAACAAGCUUCACUCCACCAGUGAUGCAGCAGUCAACAAGGAACAAGUUUUGAUAUUAACUCCUAUGCAAACUUUCCACCAGGCCUAUUGGGACAAUCUAUUGCAAUUGACCUACCCAAGAGACCUACUGGAGCUAGGAUUUAUCAUCCCAAAAUCUGCAUCUGGUGACGCUGCAUUAAAACAACUUGAAGCCGCUGUUAAGAGAGCUCAAACGGACAAGAAAAACAACAGAUUUGGAAAAGUCACCAUCCUACGUCAGGACUCUAAGGGAUUCGAUAAAUUACAAGAGAAGGAGAGACACGCGCUGGCUGUUCAAAAGGAGAGAAGAAGUGCCAUGGCGUUGGCAAGAAACGAACUGCUAUUUUCUACAAUUGGUCCACAUACAUCUUGGGUACUAUGGUUAGAUGCUGACAUAAUUGAGACAAAACCUUCAUUGAUCCAAGACAUGACAGCUUUGAACAAACCAGUCUUGGCUGCUAAUGUGUACCAAAGAUAUUUUGAUGAGGCUGAGAACAAGCCAUCGAUUAGACCAUAUGAUUUCAACAAUUGGGCUGAUAGCCAAAUUGCUCAAGAACUUGGUGAUAAGAUGGGUGACGACGAAAUCAUUGUUGAGGGUUAUGCCGAGAUUGCUACCUAUAGACCAUUGAUGGCUCACUUUUACACACCAGACGGACCACCAAAUGAAUUGAUGUCGCUGGAUGGUGUCGGCGGUGGUUGUACAUUGGUAAAGGCUGAAGUACACAGAGAUGGUGCUAUGUUCCCAACUUUCCCAUUUUACCAUUUGAUCGAGACUGAAGGGUUUGCUAAGAUGGCCAAGAGAUUGAACUACGAAGUAUUCGGCUUGCCAAACUAUUUAGUAUUCCACAUCGAGGAAAGAAACGACUAA